GCCGCCAACAAGCAGUCGCCCAGCCCCUCGGAGACGUCGCAGUCGCCGGGCCGCGAGGUGAUGACCUACGCGCAGGCCCAGCGCAUGGUGGAGGUGGACCUGCACGGGCGCGUGCACCGCAUCAGCAUCUUCGACAACCUGGACGUGGUGUCCGAGGACGAGGAGGCCCCGGAGGAGGCGCCCGAGAACGGCAGCAACAAGGAGAACACGGAGACCCAGAGCGUCACCCCCAAGUCUGGGAAGCACAAGAACAAGGAGAAGCGCAAGGACUCCAACCACCAUCACCACAACGCCUCGGCCGGCACCACCCCGAAGCUGCCCGAGGUCGUGUACCGGGAGCUGGACCAGGACACCCCUGACGCCCCUCCUCGCCCCACCUCUUACUACAGGUACAUAGAGAAGUCGGCCGAGGAGCUGGACGAGGAGGUGGAGUACGACAUGGAUGAGGAAGACUACAUCUGGCUGGACAUCAUGAACGAGCGGCGGAAGACUGAGGGCGUGAGCCCGAUCCCCCAGGAGAUCUUCGAGUACCUGAUGGACAGGCUGGAGAAGGAGUCCUACUUCGAGAGCCACAACAAGGGGGAUCCCAACGCUCUGGUCGACGAGGACGCGGUGUGCUGCAUCUGCAACGACGGGGAGUGUCAGAACAGCAACGUGAUCCUCUUCUGCGACAUGUGCAACCUGGCGGUUCACCAGGAGUGCUACGGGGUGCCCUACAUCCCCGAGGGACAGUGGCUCUGCAGGCGGUGUCUGCAGUCACCCUCCCGAGCGGUGGACUGUGCCCUGUGCCCAAACAAGGGGGGAGCCUUCAAGCAGACGGACGAUGGGCGCUGGGCACACGUGGUGUGUGCCCUCUGGAUCCCGGAGGUGUGCUUUGCCAACACGGUCUUUCUGGAGCCCAUAGACAGCAUCGAGCACAUCCCGCCUGCGCGGUGGAAGCUCACCUGCUAUAUUUGCAAGCAGCGUGGCUCCGGGGCUUGCAUCCAGUGCCAUAAGGCCAACUGCUACACGGCUUUCCACGUGACCUGCGCCCAGCAGGCUGGACUCUACAUGAAAAUGGAGCCCGUCCGUGAGACGGGAGCCAACGGGACUUCCUUCAGCGUGCGCAAAACUGCCUACUGCGACAUCCACACGCCGCCGGGCUCCGUGCGCAGGCUGCCCGCGCUCUCCCACAGCGAAGGGGAGGAGGAGGAUGAGGAGGAAGAGGAGGAUGGUAAGGGCUGGAGCUCUGAGAAAGUGAAAAAAGCAAAGGCCAAGUCCAGAAUCAAAAUGAAGAAGGCACGGAAGAUCCUGGCAGAGAAACGAGCUGCAGCACCUGUGGUUUCUGUUCCCUGCAUCCCCCCACACAGGCUCAGUAAGAUUACGAACCGCUUAACUAUCCAGAGGAAGAGCCAGUUCAUGCAGAGGCUACACAGCUACUGGACUCUGAAAAGACAGUCCCGCAAUGGUGUCCCCCUGCUACGCCGCCUUCAGACGCACUUGCAGUCACAGAGGAACUGUGACCAGAGAGACACUGAGGAUAAGAACUGGGCCCUGAAGGAGCAGCUGAAGUCAUGGCAGCGCCUCCGCCAUGACCUCGAGCGUGCGCGCUUGCUGGUGGAGCUGAUACGCAAGCGGGAGAAGCUCAAGAGAGAGACG